AUGAUUUCCGAUCCAGAACGAGCCAUCGACGAGAAGGGCCCCAUGGCAGAUUCCCCUCCUUCAGAAUCGCAUCUAGGGGCGGUCUCCAAAACUGCUUUGGACGAUGGACUUGAAAUUUUAGAAGGCCGCGGAGACGAAGGCGGCUAUGUACUCGAUCCAGCAAUGAAAAGACGGAUCCUCUGGAAAAUCGAUCUUCACAUCCUGCCCCUCCUGACCUUAACUACGGUCUUCGGAUACCUGGAUAAGGCAACCUUCAGUUACGGUGCUAUUUUUGGAUUGAUUAAGGAUGCAAAUUUGCAUGGAUCCCAAUACUCGUGGCUAGGCAGCAUUUACUACUUUGGGUACUUGGCUAUGCAACCUAUUGCUGCGAUAAUACUUCAACGCUUCGCACCGCCGAGAUGUCUUGCAGUGGCAAUUUUCUCUUGGGCAGUCAUACUGUUCCUCAGCGUUCUAUGCAAAUCCUUUGAGCAUUGGGCCCCUACGAGAUUCUUCCUUGGAGUUGCAGAGGGAAUUGUGGUCCCGUCAUUUAUCCUAAUCAGCAGCGCCUGGUAUGCCCGCAAAGACCAAGCACUCCGGAUUGGAAUCUGGUUCAGCGCCAAUGGUAUUGCCCAGAUUGUUGGAGGCAUCUCAUCUUACGGCCUUGGACAAAUUCACGUUAACGGACUGUCCCCAUGGAAAUGGAUGUUCAUGAUCGUUGGAGCCGCCUCGGUGUUCUUUUCUUUACUCUUAGGUUUUACCAUGCCUACCUCACAGGCGACCGCGAGUUGGUUGACCCACGACGAAAAGAUCGCUGCAGUGGAGAUGGUCCGAGGUAACAAUACCGGUAUUCACAAUAAGAAGUUCGUACCAUCACAGGUGAAGGAGGCACUGCUGGAUCCUAAGACGUAUAUAUUCUUCUGGUUUGCUUUUUUCGGAAACUUACCCAAUUCCGUCUCUGUCUUUGGUACCCUUAUCGUUUCAAACUUCGGCUUCUCACCCGUGACAACAACACUGCUCGGUAUGCCAAACGGAGGCUUUGAGAUUGUUGUGAUGGUCGCCAUCACAUAUCUUUGUAUCAGAAUCGGAAACAUCAGAACGUGGGGUAUUGUAGUUUCUAAUAUCAUUGCAUUACUCGGCGGUAUUCUGCUCAAGCAAUUGCCAUUCCACAACAAGGAAGGUCUCUUGAUUGGAUAUUAUUUACUUUUUGCGUGGCCCACCGGAUAUGCUCUCAGCCUUGCAAUAGUCGGGUCCAACACAGCCGGUCACACGAAAAAGGUUGUUACAAACGGCUUUGUUCUUGCAGGUUUCUGCACCUCGAACAUCAUUGCACCUCAAUUCUUUCUAACAUCUCAGCAACCUCGCUAUGGCCUCGGUAUCGGCUCAACCAUUUUCGCCUUCGCAGCCAUGACCGUCACGGCUCUUGUUUUCAGAUUCUACAUGAUCUGGCUCAACAAGAAGCGGGCGCCUGCCCGCGAAGCGGCUCUUGCAACUCUCGAGGGGCGGAGGGAGACUGGAUUCGAGAACUUGACGGAUCGGGAGAAUCCUCUCUUUGUCUACGUCUACUAA